CACAGUCUAGGUUACAGUAGAUGACUCAUUUUCACAUGACUAUUUACGGUUGAAUAACCUGGAUCAAAGUCCAAUAUAUUCAACAAAAUACGCAAACAUGGAGAAGUUCUACUCGGUGAUAAGUUUACUAUUGUUUGUUGUGGAAGUUUCAUCCAUCGCAAAAUACGACUUGAAAUCUGUAUGCAAUGGUCCGUCACAGCUGUUAACAAUACCUACAGAUGGAGACAUAUUACUAUCCCAGUCCUCAUCAGAUCCUCUGCUGCCUAAUAAGACAUGUGUUGUGUCUAUUUACAAUCCCAUGACGAAGUAUCCCGGGAGAGUAUUGGCAUAUUUUGAAAGUUUUUCUACAGAUAAAAGUAAAAAUUGUGUCAAUUCCCGUUUGGACAUUUUUGAUGAACGUGGAACAAGUGGAAAUAAGGCUCUUACAGGUCCAAAUGGUGUUUGUGGUGAUAGGGAGAGUCUUGAUGUAUAUUAUAAUUCUACACAGCAAUACAUGACAUUCAGUUUUAGAGAUGUAAACCAAACAUCCAAUUUUAAAGUCGUGUUAACAGCAGCGCAUACAGGUAUUUGCCAAAAGAUUGAGUUCGGUUGUGGAAAUGGUUUUUGUAUCGGACAACAUCUAGAAUGUAAUGGUUACAACAACUGUGGAAAUGAUAUCGACGAACUGGCAUGCGUCGUGGCACUAGCUGCCGGAAUAAUCGUCGUCAUUAUAAUUGGCUCAAUUUUGGCUAUCAUUUGUAUCGUCACAGCAAUUAUGUGCUUGGUUUGCCGUCCACGACGUAGGAACAUAUAUACAAGGAUAUAAAAAUAUGUACUAGAAAAUAAGUGGUUGAUGAACUCAUACUAUUGUCCUACAACUGAAAGCAUAAUAUAUCUGAGGUUUGAGGGUUGGGAUUUUUCUAACUAUAUGAAGGCAUGCACAUAUUUGACGCUGAAAUACCGGGGUAGGUUUCUUUUUGAAUUGUUAGCUUUCUAUAGGUUGUAAUUUCGCCUCGACAAAAUGUCAAUUGGUCAUAAGUUUUCAUUUUUCAACUAUAUAUAUGCAUACUUGCUCCAUUAUCCAUUUACACCAAAUCAAAGUAUAUGGUUAUGAUAAGAAGAAUAUUUAUUGGUCGUGAUUUCAGAUGACUAAAGAUAUGAUUUGGGAUUGUUAAAAAUUUAAGCUGCAUGUCUGUUUCUGAAAAAUUCAUGUUAAGAUCACUGCGCCUGCCACCCCUGUCCUAUAUGAAGAGGUUGUUUCAUACCGAUUUGUGUGAUUUGUACUGCCUUUAGAACCCACGCUAUAUCGGACUUAAAAAUAAGCGUUAUUUUAUUGUAUAUAUAGAUCUGGAAAAUGUGUAUCAUU